AUAAACCAAAAUUUGAAACUUUAGUGUAUAUUGUGAAUAUUUCAAAACUAUUAAUAUGCUAUCUGAUAUAUACAAUACAGCUCCAGAAUAAGUUAUUUUUCUUCUAACUAUGGAUGAAUAUAAAAAUAAAAGAAUAUCAAACCUUGUUAAAUUAUUAAACUUACUUGCAAAAUUAACAAAGAUCAACAAUCCAAUUUAUGAAUCACAAAAAGCAACCAAACAAUCUCAAAAAGAAGUAAAUGAUAAAGUUAAUAUAAUGAAAACUAUCCAAUUAGUUGGAACAACUUUUUAUUUUGUUACGAUAAAUUACAGCUAAUGAU